GAGUUUUAUUAGUUAGAUAUAUAGAUCACCAAUUGCGGGGGAAGAGGGAAGAGCAUACUCAAAGGAAUGGUCGCUCUCUCUCUAUAUAUAUAUUUGCUUAUGACGAUUUUAGUUGUUUUAGUGUCUUUUUCAAUGGAAUUACACCUUGCUGAACGUAAUUCGCAUAGGUAGUGCAUUUACAGAAUGAGGGGAUGAUUUCCACGACGACAAGAUGGUCACCGGGUGUGCACCGCCAUGUUUAAACACCCAGAUCAAGUAAGAGUCCUCGGUGCUAAUUGAAGGACGGUCCUUGUAAAAAUAAAGAAAAAAAUUACAAUAUGCAUUAAUGUUCCACCGUAUCGGACUUUUCUUAUCAGUGCGGAUUGUCUCGAAAAGAACAGGGAGCCUUCUGCCGUGUAGAUGCAGAGGAAGUGAGAUAGGAGGCAAUGUGAAGAGGGUUCCCUCGUUACAGUGUAGAAGCUGCUCCUCAUCGGCGACCUGAGACGCUUCCCCAUCCGCUGGUGUGUCUCUCCCCUCGUGUUAGCGGAGACGGAAAGGUAGAGACGGAGCGAACGCAGAGGACAGGAUGGCGUCCCCCUCUCCGAUUGGGCGGUGGACUCUUGAAGAGCGCGGAAGCCGUCCGCGACGGAGGAAGAAGAAGAGAUAAAAACUAGCAUUUUUUUCGGGAAAAAAAGAUUAUGUGCAACUCGACGUCGUGUUCUCUUGGUAUCAACUGUGAAAAGUGUCAGAGGACCGUCAAGGCGUGAGCGCAGAACUCUCACCUUUUGAAUGAAGAAAGCGUAAGGUUUCGCCGUCCUAUCUGACGGUUUACUGCGUGUCCCACAGGUGGUUGGCAGUCAGGUCGCCUUUUCUUGUCAUUCCUUCUUCUUCCCAUCGAGACUCUCCUCUGCCUCCCCCCCGCCUCUCCUCCAUCUAGAUUUUUUUGUUGUUUUUGGUGUCUCUUUCGACGAAGGGAAAGAAAAAACCUCGGAACCUUCUAUACGUCACUUUACGGUGUUGCAGUGCACGGCCGCAUCGGCACUACACCCUACAAGCAAAUGACGUCUAGGCCCCCUACGCGGCGGCUGGUAGACGUGUUGAAGCAAAACGGCAAACAGACGCUGGAGCGGCACGCCGUCGACCUCGCGGCGGCCGCCUCCUCCCUGCAAGCCGAGGCCAUUCAAACACGCUUCUUGCGCAACCAGUUUCUCAUCAGCCCGAAGUCCCUUCACCUGCUCGCCAGUGAGGACCUCCUGUCCCGCUGGCACGUAUUCGGCGUGUACAAGCCGCCCUUCUGCCCGAUGCGGAAGAGCGCCGCGGCGGACAACUUCCACCACGUGUCGGUAGAGUCCUUUGUGGAGGCAGCACUGCGGUCCAAGUCCAUCUACCCCGUUCUGCGCCGAGCCCUCACGCCGGCUGAGAUGCAGGUGCGGGUGCUGUAUAACCUCGAUACGUUUGCCUCCGGUCCGGUGCUGGUGGCGCUGUCGAACCACUAUCAGUUCGCGGCGUCUCUGGCGACGACGACGAUGGAAUACGAUGUGCUGGUGAGCGGACACUUACCGGUGCACGCCACGGGCAAUCACACGAAGAUCGACGUGCAGCAGCUCUUCCCCGGCGUGCCUCUUGCCAGAGCCUCGUCGUCCGCCGAGCCUUUCUCUGCAGGUAAGCAAACUGAUAUCACGGCGGCAUCAACGUCCGCUGAAGCCUACUACGAAGUAAAGGAAAACGGCUAUUAUAGCGUGCACCCUGUUUCACUUAUAAACUUGGUGAUUGAGGCGCCUCCAACUUCUCAGCCACCAGCGCUGGAGCGCUUUGCGAGGGAGCAGCUGCACACGUGUAUUGUUGGCGACCCCCUCGUCAUGGGGGAACUCAUGCACAUUCGAGCGUCUGAGCAGGCGCCUUCGCGUAUUGGAAACAGGAAAGAAACAAAGGAGGUGACCAACAGCAGUAGGAGCUCCUCUCAAACGUCUGCAGCGGACUCGAGGGCGUUGUCGAGCGACGGUGCCGCGCACGCAGCGGCGGUGAAGCUGGCCGCUAAUCCGCACAUCGUCUCCAUGCGUGGCGACUGCGACUUCCCGCGCGUUUUCUUGCAUCUCCGCACCGCCCGCGUUGACACCAGCGGCGAGCAGCGUCGACCUGCCGUUCUGCAGGACCCCGCUAGCACCAACACCAGCGGUAAGGGUGGCACUCCGCUGGCGUACAAUUUCUCCAUGAGCGGCUUGUCGUUCCCUGAGAAACAGCAGCAGCAGCAACAGGACGAGUUUGCGCAGAAGCAAGGGAUUGAAUUGCACUGUCACAAGUGUUUCAAUGGGCUCGUCCAGAAGCAGCUGACCUCCUCCUUCAAGUCUCGUCGCCUAAGCUUGUUAGAUGGCACGUGGACACCACAAGCUGAGUUCUUGUAA